UAGGUUGGUUUCUGCCUGAAGUCACAAAAGUGUACGAGGGAGAGCUGGGAUGAGAGGGAUGAGGCGUAUUAUCUGUCGGUAAUAGUCAAACGAGGAAUGAUCCUAAUUAAAAUCUGCCUUCGGGUCACUUUGUGGCUUUGGUUUGAGCAAGUGAUAAAAGAGGUGGCUGCAGGCACAACUCCAGCUUCACAAACAGCUGUCUCUGAUGCAAACCUGAUGUUUGAACUCUUGCUGGGUGGGGUGGAGAUCGACCAGGACAAUAACAUCGUCCUGCUUGACAAGGAGAUGGCAUCGAUGAGGCAGGGACGGGCUUUCCUGUCUCAGAUCAAUGACAACAUUCCCAGAAGUCGGAGCUCCAUGGAGCAGAUGGUGAAAACUCUGGAGGAUCAGAGGAGGAAGCCCCUGACUCCGGUCCAGUUUGAGAAUCUCAUCCUGAGCCUGGUGUAUUCUGCUCAUCAGGCCUGGCAUCAGGAGGAGAGACGGGAGCAGGAGGCCUGGGGUGGAGUCCUCCUCCAGCUGGCGAACGUCACGGUCCAUGAACUACGUGGAAAUUAUCUCUUCAAUUAUACCUAAUGCACACACCGCCAUUCUGUCUGAAAUGAAAGGUGAAUGCAAUAAAUCAUCUGGCUUUAA